CAGUGGAUGAACAGGGAAGUGUCGCACGUCAGAUCCACAGCCCACGAUGGGUCGCAGAGCUCCUGCGUAUCACACCUCUUGGUAGUGACAAAGCUGCAAGCUCCGCGGAUCGGUCGCUCGCAAACUUCCCCCGCAGGAACCGAGAAACUCCGCGCCCCAGCCUUCUGUCAGACAGUCUGUGAGUUUUUCUGUCCGCCUGCUUGCACUGUCCGUCUGCUCGGAGCUCCGCACCGCCAGGCACGACACCGCGACACCGCGACACGGCUACGGCGAUUGUGCCCACCUGUCACAUGUCGAAUUUGUCGGAGGGGAUGGCUUCUGAUAACUAUGGAGACUUCUUGUUGCUUUUUAAUGAAACAGAGCCUUCCGAGAAUUACGGGAAUUACGUGGUUGACAGCCCGGUGAACCUGUGCGACAAGACAACGGUCAACCGCUUCGGCGCGGCGUUCAUGCCCGCCUUCUACUACUCCAUCUUCCUGCUGAGCAUUCUGGGAAACAGCCUGGUGCUGUACAUCAUCUACCAGUACGAGAAGCUCAGCACGGUCACCAACGUCUUCCUGCUCAACCUGGUCAUCUCCGACCUGCUGUUCUCCCUGAGUCUGCCCUUCUGGGCCGUCUACCACUCCAGCCAAUGGAUCUUCGGCGAGCCCAUGUGCAAGCUGGUGGGCGGACUCUACUUCGUGGGCUUCUACAGCUCCAUCCUCUUCCUCACGCUCAUGACCUUCGACCGCUACCUGGCGGUGGUGCACGCCGUCACGGCCGCCAAGAGCCGGCGGAUGGUCUACGCCCUGGUCUCCACGGCGACGGUGUGGGUCGUCAGCCUCCUCGCCGCCAUCAAGGAGUUCGUCCUGUACGGCACGCGCCCGGACGGCCUCUACGGCAUGCUGUGCGAUGAGACCGGCUACGCCGAGAGCGUCAUGGUGAGGUGGCAGCUGGUGGGGUACUACCAGCAGUUCGUCCUGUUCUUCGCCCUGCCGCUGGGCGUGGUGCUGUACUGCUACCUGCGCAUCACCCUGCGCGUGGUACACACGCGCAUGCGGGAGAAGUGCCGCGCGGUCAAGCUCAUCUUCGUCAUCGUCGUCACCUUCUUCGUCUGCUGGACGCCCUACAACGUGGUGGUGCUGCUCCGGGCGCUGCAGACCUCGCGGGGCACCCAGCGCGACCCGGCCGCCUGCAGCGACAAUCUGGAAUACGCCCAGUACAUCACGCGCAACCUGGCCUACCUGUACUGCUGCGUCAGCCCGCUGUUCUACACCUUCGUGGGGAAGAAGUUCCAGAACCACUUCCGCCGGCUGCUGUCCGCCCGCAUCCCCUGCCUGAAGAGACACGUCUUCACCAGCCAGAGCAGCAGGACCACCUCCCACAGGAGCCCAACGACCCUGUACGAGUACUAGAGUCCGGCUCCAGGCUCUCCAUCGCCUGGGGGAUCUGCUACCGCCCCCCCCCCCCCCCCCCCCCCAGCACUGCGGUGCCCGUUGUUGCAUUAUUUUCUCUUUCCGCUCUGACGCGGCUUUCGGCGGACAAUCUUAUAUUAUGAUCUGACUGCUUUUUCUGGAACUAUUUCUAGCUGUGUUAAUACUGAGGAAUAACAAGUUUUUUUUUUUUUUUUUUUUUCUUUUUUUUUUUUUUCAUUCUGUGAAUUAUACACCUCUUCAUAACGCGCUGCGCUUAGUUCUUGGGAGAGGUGGGGUGUGUUGUGUUUAUGGAUGGGACUGAGAGAUUAACUUACGCUCAGUCAUUAGGUUCAUUCAUUUUAGCACCACUGGGCAGUCUGUUGUGCAAAAAAGAGAAUUUACUGUAAAUACCGCUUAGGUAGUGCUUUUCUUUAUGAAGCAAAAACUAUAUAAAAGAAAUAAAAAUGCAUUUAUUCCAUUUUCUUAACAUGCCUAUCACUGCAUUUUUAAAUAAUAUGUUUUCAUCCCUGCAAAAAAAAAAGAAAAAAAUGUAAGUUUAGUAAAUGAAUGCGUAUGUCAAUGUGUUUUUCAGCAUUGUGAUGUGUUUAAUGAAAGUUUGCUGCGUGAAUCUUUCGCUGAUCUUCUCAGUCGUCUUUGAAAGCGCUGAGCGUGGCGUUUCGGUUGUGCGCAGAGCACAAGCUGCCUGUCCCCGCCCUGUGAUUUCACCUGGUGUGAUUUUGCGGUGAGUAAUAAUUUAAAGGUCCUCGCUUCUCAAAAGGCAGGAUGUGGGCCGGGAUAGGAAGUGUUUGUUUCUCAGAACAUUGACCAAAAAUAAUGUUGAAAAAAAAAAAACCUUGUGUUGACAACAAUAAAGGCUCUGCAAGGA